AUGCACGUCUUAUCCGCUGCUGUUUUUUUGGCGGUGGUUUGCAACUAUGCCAGUGCGACAGCCUUCCCUUGCAAUGAACCUGGAUUGAGUGAAGGUGUUUGCCAAAUAGACUUAGUUCCUAUCGGAAAUGAUCCAAAGGAACCAAGAAAAUUCGAACGCGCCUUCAAGGAUAACAGCCCGGUCCACAAGGCCGCUCCGUUUAUUUGUUCUCUGGGGACCCCCAAGUGUUGUCGUCCUGAGGAUGUAGCACACAUUCGACCUGGUGAUAAAGUACCGAACGCAAAUACUGGAAAAUGUCACGACGUCCCAGUUCCUCAUGCUUAGGCAGUCUAACCCUCAUUUUUUCCCCCGAUGUCAUGUCUAGAACUCCGGUCUGGAACAACAGACUUGUAUACUUGCAUUGGAUCCCUAUCAACCGCGAGCUGUGCUUUCUU